GAGCCUGAAGGCGGGGAGGGGCGGGGGGCAGGAGGCAACAGGAGGGACAGGACGAGUGAGUACAGGCUGUGUUUUGGACCUGUGGGGACUCCUGGGAGGGGAGGCAAGGCUCUUUUACCUCCGUUCUCCCGCAAGGAAUCAGGGUAUGAGACAGAUGGAUGUUUUGCAUGAGUGAUGUAACCAGAAGCAAAAUAUAGCCGCCGCGUUAGCCUCGGCUGCCUCGUCCCCAAGAUGGCCACGCUCAUUCGGCCGGGGAACCUCAGAAACCCUGAAGUAGCUGACCUGUUUGAGCGUGAGGAUCCUGAGAGACUCUUUGAUGACCUACGAGAAAUUGGCCAUGGAAGUUUCGGAGCAGUGUACUACGCUCGGCACGUUGCCAAAAAAGAGGUGGUGGCUAUCAAGAAAAUGUCAUAUAAUGGAAAACAAAGUGCUGACAAAUGGCAAGACAUCCUGAAGGAAAUAAGAUUCUUACGCAGCCUCCGUCACCCAAACACAGUCACCUAUAUAGGAUGUUAUCUCAAGGAGUCAACAGUCUGGCUGGUAAUGGAAUAUUGUCUGGGAUCAGCAUCAGACAUUAUAGAAGUUCAUCGACAGCCUUUGCGAGAAGAAGAAAUAAGUGCCAUCUGCGAAGGCUGUCUACAAGGCCUCUCCUAUCUACACUCAUUAGGAAAAAUUCAUAGGGAUGUUAAAGCUGGCAAUAUUCUCUUGACUGAAAAUGGGACAGUUAAACUUGCUGACUUUGGAAGUGCAAGUAUAACAUCACCUGCCAAUAGUUUUGUUGGGACUCCAUACUGGAUGGCUCCUGAGGUUAUAUUGGCCAUGGAUGAAGGACAGUAUGAUGGGAAGGUGGAUGUAUGGUCCUUGGGCAUCACAUGCAUAGAACUGGCUGAGCGCAAACCACCCUACUUCAACAUGAAUGCCAUGAGUGCCUUGUACCAUAUUGCCCAGAAUGAUGCCCCCAAAAUGCAAGCCCCUGAUUGGUCCAAAGACUUUCAGCACUUUGUUGAAGCUUGCCUUCAGAAAUCACCACCCGAUCGACCUACUUCAGCAAGGCUUCUCAAUCAUGAGUUUAUCUUGAGACACCGGUCAGCAACACACAUCAUCCUGGAUCUAAUCACUCGGACAAAGAAAGCAGUUCGUGAGUUUGACAACCUAAACUAUCGAAAAAUGAAGAAAAUCCUCCUGUAUGAAACUGAAAGCCAGCAGGGGGAUGUAGAAGACUCCACAGAGGAGGACCCGGCGGGGGGCGACAGCAGCAAGAGCAACAGCAUCACAUCAGAGAAGUCGGUCAUAUCAGCUGGGGUCAGUCAGUCGUCCCAGUCGCAGUCAUCUUCCACCAACUCCCUCCACCAUCACCAUCUGCUUCAUCAACCACCACAUUCAUAUCAGACACCAUCUCCACCCUUGCUACAGCCAUCACACUCACCAUACAUUGCCCCUCCAGUGCCACCACAUCACCAUCAUCCAUCACAUCUUCCAUCACAUUACUCACCACAGUCACCACAUCAUGGACUUGUAUAUCAGCACCAGCCUCCUUCAUCACUCUCACCUUCACCAUCAUCAUCAUCACUGCACCAAGCAGAGCUAGGUAUCCCAAAUAACAACCACCAUCCAUUAACACCCUCUUCGCCACUCAUUGACUCCUGUAGCAUUACCUCCAUUACUAGUACCAAUGCGACAUCCUCCACCACCCCAACCCUUCUCCUUCAGCUUCCGGGGCAGAAUGCUCCCUCCACCACUACAAACAACAACGCCACCAACAACGUGUCUACUACUGUCAAGUCGCGCCGAGGAAGGCCUUGUGGAAACCCUGGAGAGGCAAGCACCAGCAACUUUGCCACAAUCAAGACUACGUCCAUUGUCAGCAGGCAGCAGAAGGAACAUCUCCAAGAAGACAUGCAUGCAGCUUUGUCUGGGUACAAACGCAUGCGUCAAGAACACCAGCGGGCACUUGUCAAGCUUGAAGAGAGGUGCCGUGUUGAUAUGGAGAAUCAUAAGCAUGUACUGGAUAAGGAAUAUGAAGCUCUACUCACUCAGUUCAGCAAAGAACUGGAAAAAUUGCGACAAAAGCAUGAAAAAGAACAAGAAAAGAAGCGGGAAACAUGUUCAUUAGCUGAGAAAAACCUUCAGAAAGAGAUUAAUAAUAGACAUGCUAACGAGCAUAAGCAAUUCCAGUCACAGUACAAGAAACAGUACAAGGAAAACAUAGAAAAAUGGAAGAAAGAGCUUUCACAAGAUCCUAAUACUCCUAAAAAACAGAGGGAAGCUCAGCUUCAGUCCCAAAAAGAAUAUCUAAAAGCCUCAGAGCGACAGGAAGAAGCAAAACUACUUCAGCAGCAAGAUGAAUAUCUUCAAUUAGAAAUGAGGAAAUUCCGUCGAAGAGGGCUACUGGCAUACUACAUAAAAGAGCAGUCUCUACUUAAGGAAGAACUCACCAAGAGGGAGCAGCAGUUGGAAGCAGCUCACUCAAUGCUGUUGAGGCAUCAUCAGCAGACACAAGAUUUAGAGUACAGGCAGCAAAGAGCUAUACAUGCUUUGAAGGAAGAACAAAUGAACAAGCAACAUCAAACCGAAUUAGGUAGUCAGCAUGAGUACAUAAAGAGAGUGGAGAGGGAUCUUCGUAAAAAGCAUGCUCUCCAACAAAAACAACAACCAAAGAGCCUGAAGCAAAAAGAAAUUGAAAUACGUCGUCAGUUCCGGGAGACCAUUAAUAUACAGCGUCAACAAUAUAAAGAAUAUAAAACUCAGAUUCUUGCCAAAACACCCAAAGAAGAUCAACGAGCAAUUAUCAAGAGGUUAAAGGACGACCAGCGUCGGAAGUUGGCCAUGCUUGGAGAGCAGUAUGAGCAAUCCAUUGCGGAGAUGCUUCAGAGGCAGUCUCUUCGGUUGGAUGAAAGUCAGGUUGUAGAGCAGCAACAGGUCUCAGAAAAACUCCAAAGAGAACUAGAAAUGUUAGCAGAAUAUCAGACUCGAAAUCGUCAGCAGGCUGAAGCACAGCGUAACCGUGAGAAGAGGGAGCUUGAUGAAAGGGUAGGAAUGAGGAGAACCUUAUUACAGCAAAAGAUGACAGAGGAGGCGGCUCGAUUUGAGCAUGAACGUCGUGAGCGAGUGAGGUUGAUGAAGGAAAAGCAUGGAAGGGAGAUGGAGGAUUUUGAUAAUGAAUCCCAACGGUAUGGUUUUAGUGCCCUUCAACUUGUGGAAUCAUCAACUGAGCGAUGGCCGGAUGAAUUCUGUCUGACUGGACCCAUGCUUUCCUUAUCCCUCCAGCAUUUUGAGUAACUGGUUGAUUUUUAGCUAGUGUAGGAACUUGAAAAUAUUUGACAAGUUGUUCUUUAUAGGCUGUAUUAUUUUCCAGGUAUGAAUAUAAAUUUGAAACUUUUUUAAAUAUUUAAUUAGCCUUAUUUAUGAAAUACCAUUGUCACCUAAUAUUUAUUUGCUGUAUAUCCAGAUAAUGGUUAAGAAUUGCUAAAUCUGGUCUAUGUGUGACCAGGAAAUUUCCAUAGAUGCCCGGGCUACAAAGGUGCUCGUGUGGCCUCGACGCCAGUGUGCUUUAGAUUUCCUUCCUCCCAUUGUGAAAACAAGUUGGAUUGGCAUUUCUUCAGUAAGCAAGACUGGUUAUGACAUUUGUGUCUAGUUGAAAGGACUGCUGCUUGCAAGAUAGAUAAAUAAUCAGAAUUCAGUACUUGAAGCUAUAAUGCUUGUCAGAAUUUGUUAUUUAAUAAAUUAGUGUAUGUAUCUGUCCAAUAACUGCUGUAGACAUUGCUGACUACUAGUUUAAACCCUAUAGGGAUCAGUAAGUGGAAGGUGUCAAAUCAAGGUUAAUUUUCUUGGUAGGAGAAGAGACUAGUUGACAAAUUAUCUUCCUCUUACAUUUUCUGCUCACUUCAUACAUGUUGAUCUUGUCAUUAAUAGUAAUUUGGGCACUGCUGUUCUAAGUUUGCUGCCCAGACCUUCAAUACAGAUCAGUGAAACACAGACACUAAUGAUCAUAGAGUUCUGAUGUUCAUCACUGCAAGCACAGAUUCACCUUUUUAUAGAUUACCUGAUGCUAAACUCAGACAAGCAUGGAAAUUUUAUAAUGAACCAAAAACAGCAUUAAUCUUUUUAUGAACUAGGCUUGCUUAAUUUUUCUGUAAUAUUUUUCUUUUCAAAGUAAGUAAAAAGAAAGUGAUGGUAUCAGUUGACAGUAGAGAACUUUCUUUGCUCAAUAUCAUCAAGUUAUGUAAGAGAAAUGGAGCCAGUAAUUGUAAACCAGGAAGGCUCAUGUUUCAGCAUUGCCAUACUGAUAAUUUCCAUCUACUGCUCAUUAAUCUCUGGUCUUGUCUCAAAUGAUUUAACAUGUGAACCGUGUGAUUAUAUUGUUAUUUGUGACAUGGUCAGCCAUUAUCAGCCCAUAUAUAUAUAUAUAUAUAUAUAUAUAUAUAUAUAUAUAUAUAUAUAUAUAUAUAUAUAUAUAUAUAUAUUAUAGUAUCUAUAGAUAUUUUUAUUUAUCAUCAUGGAACUGGUUGAUUCAGUAGGAAUACUAGUUGUUGCCAGGAAGCUUUCCCUAGUCAAUGAUGGCAACAUUACAUAUAUAUAUAUAUAUAUAUAUAUAUAUAUAUAUAUAUAUAUAUAUAUAUAUAUAUAUAUAUAUAUAUACUUUCAUUAGUAGUUGAAUUAUUGUAUAUUUCAAUUCACUGUCUUAUUUAAAUCAGAAUAGGCAUUGUCUUCUCUUGUUAUCCUGUUUCAUUUUUAUCAUUCUCAUCAUCCUCUACUUGUAUGGCUUUUAGUUGCUGACUUAAUCACAAAUAUUUGGGGACUACAAAGUCUAAUUGCAUUUUUCAAACAUCUGUUAUGCCAAAAACAUGGUGUGCAUGAUCUUUAUAUAGUCCGCAAACAUGUAAAUUUUAUGGCCAGUCAGUGCUUUUAGAGUAAAUUAAUUUUACCCCCCCAAAAAAAAAAAAAAGCUGGUUCUAAUUCAGUCUUUGCUUUAAUGCACACUGCAGAGAUCAUUAAAAAUUUUGAAUUAUUUUAUGUGAAGUAUUUUUGUGUGGCAGUAAGAAGUAUAAAUGUGAUUUUUAGUUUUUACCAACUAGAAAAUAUUAAUUUGUCACUUUAACUUGUAGUGAUUUUCACUUGUAUCAAUGCUACAGGAGCUAGAAUGUGAUAAGUAAGCAUUAUUCAGGGAAAAUGAGUAUUGAUGUUUCCAAACCAACAUCCUAAUUUAGAAAAAAAAUCUAAAAUACUCCAGCUCACGAGUUUUCACUCUUCUCUUUGCCACACAGAACUUCAAUUUUGACCCAGUUGCCAUUUGACCAUAUGUCACAUUAAUAUAUUGCCUGAAAUCUUAACUCUCUGACCCAGCAGCAUCAUUGGUUUCAUCCACCAUGAGUCCUGGUCGGCUUCAUCACAAAACAUUCUCAGCCUUGAAGUAGGCCAAGGCUAGUUGUUUGUAUGUUACAUCAUUCCAGCCUUUUAAUGUGUGAGUUAUUUAUGUAUUUUUUGUUAUUGUUUUAUAUUAACUUUUAUGUAGUUCAACUUGGAGUUGAUUUACCAGUGUUUUAAUGCUCAAGUUUAUGAAGUCAAGACUUGUGAAGGGUAUCCACCAACAGUAAUAAUAAACACAGUUAAAUAGAUCUUUGGUAACUGCUGAUGAGACAGAACAAAUCAGUACAUUGCUUCAAAAUUAAGCUUGUUGCAUCCAUGUAGAUUUUUCAGCUAAGCAAUAUAUGAGUGUUGCAGUACUGUGGAAUUGAAUGGUUAAAUUGACAAAAUGAGAGAUCAGUAUUAAGUCUCAAACAUUGAAUUGUUAGUUAGUCUUUGUGUGAAAGACAAACUGUGGAGUGUAUGUGUGGAUGUUUGAGAUUAUAUAUGGCAGUGAUGGUUAUUCUUUUUUUAUUGCAUGUAUAUAUAAUCCACAAUGAUUAUAGAAAUAAAAAUGGGUGUUAAUCAUAACUAUCAGUCAACCAUUGGUAUUUAUUGUAUUACAAUCUAGUUAGACUUGUUACUUUGAGCUUAAUGAGACAAAGUGUUUAAUUAGCUGCUAAGAUGUUUCUGGGUCAUGGACUGGGUGUACACAAUCUCACAUGGGAUGCAUCUUAGUCCAUUCUUGCUGUAUCUUGCCCCAAAUGAAUCAUUUCAUCUCUGUCAUGCCCUUUAUUACUUGUACAUUAUAAUGUAUAUGUUAUCUUUUGUACACGUGGCUAUUUCUUUCUGUACCAUGUUCAGUAUGAUUUGUCAGUUAUUUUGUCAUUUGUAUUAUAUCAUUGGUAUACUUUUCUAAUGGUUUAUAGCUUUGUAUGAAUUUACUUUUUUUUUUUUUUUUUUUUUUUUUUUUUUUUUUUUUGACAAAUUUGUAUCAGUCACUUUUUAUACAGUUACUUGUACAGUAUUUCUUUCUGUUUUCUUCAAUGUAAUUAUCAUUAUUAAUAUUUGUGAUAAUAAGUGAUAUUGAUCAUUGGAUAUGAUCCAGCCAUAUCUUGGUCAUGUUUCAUAUAAGGUAAAGAUGAAUUUCCUUUCUUAAAUAUUUAAUAUCUUUAUCUUCUUUGUCAGUGGUUCUGUUGAUAGUGGCAGGCCAUGUGUAAACUUUCCUUUACCACAUACUGCAUCCAUGUGUUCCUCCAUAAACUUUAGUCAUGGAUAACUGUCUCAGUAUCUGAGUGAAAGGAUGCAUUGUUUUUCUUGGGUGCCGCAUUCCACAUGUUUCCCCAUUCAACCCUUGCCUCACCUUUAUAUGGCAAUUAAAAAUGAGUAUCAAUGUUAUUAUUUACUUUUAUUUAUUAUUAUUAUUGUUAUUAUUAUUAUUAUUGUUAUUAUUAUUAUUAUUAUUAUUAUUAUUAUUAUUAUUAUUAUUAUUAUUAUUAUUAUUAUUAUCAUUUUCAUUUUCAUUUUCAUUUACAUUUUUCAUUUCAUGGAGAAAAUUGUAUAUAUAUACACCUUGUAUGUUAUUAACUUAUUGCAAUCACUGAGGUAUCCCACCACCCUCUAUUAGAUCUAGCUUAUUCAUGGAAGGAAAAUUAUAUUUAGUUCAAUACUGAAAUCUACACUGUUAUAGGAUUUGAUGAGCAUGCCUUGUGAGAUAUCUACCACACUGACUGGUAGAUAAUUGCAUUGUAACACCAGAUCUACCAAACAGAUGUGUUGUCUAGGACAGUCUCCAGAUUUCUCCUCACUGGUGAGGUAAUAUUGUAUUCCAACAUGCACUCCCUUCUCAGUAACAGGUCUCAGCUGUAGGAUCAUCUUUAGUGUUCAGUGUAAUUUUUGUUGUGGCUAGGUAUUUCCCUAGAUCUACCUCUCUCAGUGGCCCAUGUCAUAUUGAAUGAAGUUAAUUUUGUUGUUUUUUUGUUUUAUUAGUCAUGUAUUUAUCAUUUAUCACUUUUUUUAUUUGCUUAAAGUCUUUUCUUUUUCAUAUAAUUCUAUUGAGAAUUGAUUGACUGUUAGCUCAAGCUUGGUAUGUUGUAUUUUUAUGUAUUUUUAAUAGUUUCAUUGCAUAUUUUGUAAUAUUUUGUGUAAUUAACAUAUUCCCAUUGCAAAUCAUUUAUUUGAGAUCUUUGAAUUUUUAUCAUUUUGAGUUGACCCAUUGUGUACAUAUUUCCAGUGGAACCUUUAGAUCCUUCCUUGCUGUGCCUGUUUUAUCUGUAAAAGCCUUUUUUGUAUCCCUUUUCCUGUUUUAGGAACUAUCCUCUGCAGUCUUUUCUGUAUAUAUUUUGUAUUAUUUUAAUUUCUCUUUCUGCUUUUGGCCCUCUUUCAUGUUGUAGAAUCAUUCAUGUCACUUAACCCUCCUCUGUUUAGAAAUUCCAGGUAAUUAAAAAAAAAGAUCAUAAGUAUUUACAGCGUUACAAACAUGUGGUAUGAUCCAGGCAUAUCAAGAUUGCAUUUACCACCCACUUUGGUGAACAUGGCAUCUGACUGUAUACUACCUCAUGGGCAGUUUGUUUCUUCAUUGAAGCUAUGUGAUGAUUUAUCUAGUUGUAGCUGUCAUUAAAAGUGCAAUCACGUUGCCCUCCAAGACCGGGGCACCAGUGGAAGUACCACCCUCCGUGAUGUUUGGUGCUCAUGCGUAGUGUCCGGUGGAUGCCCCUUGCAUCGAUAUGAAUGAAUUUCACGUUGCAGUUCAGACAAGUGAGGAUGCAUUUUUGUAUGGGUCUCUGUGUUUGUAAUGUUGAAAAAAAUUUUGUGUCUGUAUAUAAGGAAAUACAUGAUGCUUCCAAAUCUAA